UGCGGUUCGACAAAAAUAUUUCCUGACGGUGCCGCAACAUCUCAAAUUUUCAGCCUGCUACGGUUUUAGAAAUGCACGAUGCCAAUUAAUUUGGAUGGUAAUAUCGUUAAGCGAAGGUGUUUAAGACUGAGAUGUGCAUCCUGUUUAAUGUUGGAUCAGAAUGUCUGCAGAAGAUGAUCUGGAUAACUUCAUACAGGAACAGAAAAGGAAGAUUGCAAGAGAAAGAGAAGAUCUACAACAUUUAAAUGGAAAACAGAUACCUACAAAUGGAUAUCAGAAUGGAGGUAUAAUUCGAGAGAAGAAGCCAUCUCCAAAUUCUCCUACCAACCUACGGAGAGGAGAUAAAUCAGGAGAAGCUGGUCUUCCUGUAGGCAACUACAUUACCACUAAAGAGAAGUUACAGAAGGAGAGACAAGAAGAAUACCAGAAGUUCAUCCAAGAGAAAAAUAACCGGUCAUCAUCGAAGAGAACAACUGUGGAAGGCGAUGGUAUGUCGCUGCCAAUAGGAGAAAGGCUUUCUGCUCAGGACAGAGCGCGUAUGCAACGGAACAAAGAAUACAAUGAGUUCCUGAAGCAGAAGGGCGGUCCUAACAGAAGGAAGGGCCAGGACCAAGAGCCCGCACUUUCUAAUGGGGUUGGCCAGCAUCAGGCACCCUCGGGUCCUCCCAAUGGCUACAGACCUCAGCAAGCUUCCAAUGGCUACGGCCAGCAACAGCAGGCCAACGACCCCUACAAUGCACCAAGAAUACAGAGAGAGGCGUCGUCCCAAACCCCCGUACCCAGGGGCUAUGACGACCUACCCCCAAGGCCUCCAAGGAAGGGAUGGGGCACUCCGCAGCCGAUUGAUUACGACGAUCUGCUGAGGAGAAAAAGAGAGGAGGAAACGAGAUACAGGCGAUACGAUGAUGUUGAUUUAUACCGGCCUCGUCUCAAGCCAGCUCACAGUGAUCCCUAUCUGAAUAGAUAUGACGACGAUGGGAGACGGUCAACACGUCCAGAGUACUAUGAUGAUUAUGACAGAAGGAGAGUCCGUUUCAGCGAUGAGGUACCUUCUGCUGCUCCCAGGGAUGGACCUCCAUAUUCAGACAGGUCAGCCAGGCCACGGCAAAGAGAAAGCCUUGAAGAGCCAAUUCUGUAUGACUGGAGUCGAAGUAGAGGGGGCAGGAGUCGAACGUUUACAGAUGGAGAAAGGCCUAAACCAGCUAUAAAACAGCAGGAGGAUCCAGAAAGACAACCACGUGCCAAAUCUGCAUCACUAGCAGAGGACACUGGACUUCCCCUUGGGCAACGUGAUACAGGAAGUGCAACUCGUAGAAAGAAAGAGCAAUAUAGGAAAGAGCUUGAACGCCAGAUGGAAGAGGCCAAGGCAGCAAAACAAAGAGAGAAGGCCCUGGAUCGAAGCCCUGGAUUUGCUGGGUCUAAUAAGCCACCUGUUGCCCCACAGCAACAACAGCAGCAACAACAGCAGCAGCAACCUCCUCCUCAGGGGUAUACGCCAUCGUUCCAUCAGCAACAGCAGGACUAUGGCAACAGACCUCAACCGGUAUCGGCUACGCCUUAUGCUGGUCCACAAUAUGGUAUCCAAGAGCUACAGGGACCUGGAUUCAAUGCUGGUUCAAGGGCCUACUCCCAGGUACGACCGCCCAGUGAACCCAUCGGUGAUCUAGGGCUCAGAGAAGCUCUGGCCAGAUCUCAACCUGAACGCUUAGAUAGACCGUUCUCACUGAAUUACCCCCAGCCAUCCACACUGAACCAGCCUAGCACCAACACAGACCCGUACAUGUAUUACGGUUUGAGAAAUCCACUGGAACCAGACCCAAAUCCAAAAUCUCAGACAGGGAAGACUUGGGUUGGAGAGAUGACCAAGUCUCUCAGCAAUCUUGGCGGAACCGUGACAGGGAAAAAUGCUGAUGCAUUUUCAGUUUCAUCGAGACCAAACAAGCUAGAUGAUUACAUUGUUAACAAUCCAGCCACUCAGUCUUCCAGUAGGCAGGUCAAACCAGCCCAAGUUCAACCCCAAGCCGACCUCAGAGGUCAAAGGGCAAAGACCCCCUAUCAUCCUGUACCUGCAGACGCUGGCCAGCAGAGUAGCAAUAGAGUUCACAACCCUCCCUUUGCAACCUAUGGUUCUUUUGGGAAUCCUGGUUCUGCAGGCCAACGAUCGUCUGUCAAACUGGUCAAUCCCUCACAAAAUACUGGAAGGCCAAGUCAGGUCAACCCAAGUCAGGCCAACCAAGGACGGGUCAGAUUUUCAGAGAAUCAACCGGCAGUAAUUCCAAACACUGGUUUCAAUCCUAGGCAGCAGAGUGAGAUGCAGAACACAUUCCAGAGACUUGUAAAGGAAUAUAAAGUCAAUCCAUCAGCAGCUGCUGCAUCAUUUCAAGCCAUACCCCCGACACAGCAAGACAACCUACUUCAGUUUCUCCAGGCGUACUCAUCGUACCUGAAAUACGACUCGGCUUCCAACAUCAGUGAACCACUGUUUGGACUUCAAGCCUUCCGUGAUAGAGUGAAAGCGGAUACUAUUCAAGACAUGGCCUCGGCCUAUGAAAGUUUGGUUCAUGGUCUUCCACACCCUUCCGCUGCUGCUGGCUCUUCCGUUGUCCCGCCCCUCUCGAAUCUCAACUCCCCUCUGAUGGAACGCUACCUGCUGCUCCAACAACAACAACAACAAUUGCUGCAACAACAACAACAACUGGAACAACAAUUACCACCAUCGCUUAUAGGACCCAACCAGCUUAACCAGCAGUUGAAUAACCCUGUGGUAUCUAAACAAGCUGCAGCUCAGUUUCGUGGAGAAAGUGCUAUCAAGAACUUUGUUGGUGACAGCAACCUUAGCCCCAGGUCCCAGGCAAACGCUUCGAGCUACAGAGAACAGCUUCUUCUCCAGAUGAAAGAAAAAGAAGCCAAGAAGAAUGCAGAUAUCGCAGCGCGAGUCGCUUACGAAGCGAAAAAAGAAAAGGAGAUAGAAAUAUAUGACCCUUGGGGGAAAGGAGGGGGAGGAGCUCCAAUGAGAGAUAAGCAAGGCAAGAUUGUUGCUGACCUGAAACAGUUGCAUAAUCGAAAUGAGACUAUUCUGAACGACCCUAACCGCAAGGAUCUUCAACUGUAUGCAGGAUCAGCCAAUGCCCCUCCUAAUCCAGCUGCAGCUCAAGGCCCUGGUCAGGAGGUAUCCCCUCUUCUUGCAGCAGCUGCAUCAGCUGGAGUAGGGUCAGGACCAGCUCCUGGACCUGCGUAUGGUAAGAUCAAAGGCUCGAUCACAGGACCAACUUCAGAUCCAGUAGCAGAGUCUAAUAGGAACGAAUAUCAGGACCAGUUGAGACAACAGGUUGAAGAAAAGAAGAGGAGAGAGUUGGAAGAGAAGGAGAAGAUAAGACUGGAAGAAGAAAAAGAAGAGAGAAGGCUCGCAGCACAGAGAGAGCGCAUCCAGAGGGAAUAUGAAGCGGAGUUAGAGAGAAAGAAACAGAAAGAAGAAGCGCAAAGAAAACAGAAGGAGGAUUUGGAGAAACAGUUGGAGGAUAAGAGAAAAGAAGCAGAGGCAAAGAAGAAGGAAGCCAACGAGAAAAGAAGAAGAGAAGCUGAAGAGAAACUCAGACAUAGAGAUAUAAAUCACAAUGUUAAUAACCUCUCGUUACCAAGAGGGUCAUCCCCACCUAUCCCAGCACUACGAACCAAGGAGCCAGAGUUACAGAGAAUAACGUCUCCACCCAUCCCAACCCAUCAAAAGAAAGAAGACAGAGAAACAAAGAGACCACCUCCAGAGCCAGCCAGAAGGAGUACACAGUCCCCGCCCGUUCCUACUCUACAAAAGAAAGAGAAAAAGGUCGUUGAACCAGACUCGAAGGAAGACGGUGAUAGGACUGAUAGGUCUCAUAGGAGAGGCUCUCGCAGACAGUCCCUUGCACCCGAACCGAUAGACGGGGAUCUUCAGAAAACCCCUCGGAAAGGACCAUCAAGGAACGAAGAGGGGGAAAGAACGAAACGAUCACGCAGACCUCGUAAAGGACCCCCUCCCGAGGACGAUGUUGAUGAGAACGAUGAGGGAGAGAUAUCCCCAGAUAAGACCGGUCUGGAGGAAGAAGGAGCGCAAACAAAGAGGUCCCGCAGACCUCGUAAAGAGGUCCCUCCAGCCGAUGGUGAUGAUGGUGAAGUUUCUCCCGAUAAAGAGGCGAAAACAAAAAGGUCACGCAGACCUCGUAAAGAACGCCCUCCUGGCGAUGAUGCUGAUGAUGGGGAAACUUCCCCGGAUAAAACGGAGAGGACAAGACGGUCGCGCAGGCCUCGGAAGGAGCCAACACCCCAUGACGAUGAAGAACCACAGCGAGAUGAAGAAACCCCGCGGGAUGAGGAAAGAAUCGAUGAAGAGGAAACAUCGCGGAAACCUCGUAAAAGACGCCCUCGUCCAAAACAAGGAGAAGAACCUUCAAGCGAGAAGCCUUCGGAUCUUCGAAGGAAGUCUGUCCAGGAAAGGGCACGGAUCUUCCCACCAAAGGAAAUCCCUCAGGAACAUGCUGAACUUGAUCCACUUGAUAAGUUACGGAACCCCACCACUAUACCUGUCAAGUCCAGUCACCCUCGGGUCAUACCCGAUGAGAACGCUAGACUCAGUCCGAUGGACAAGCUAAGAACGCACUAUCCAGAAGAACCACAAAAGCCAGACUCCUUUCUUGAUUCUGGGCUCUUCCCAGAAACUAAGGGCGGCUUUGAAGCCGCUUAUAAAAAGCAACGCUACCUGGUCGACUGGCUCCGGGAAAUAGACCCCGAUCUUGUCGUCUAUGCUGCCGCCCUGGCCGAGAACGGGUACAAGACGUGGAACACGAUUCGUCGUCUGAAGCGAGGCACGCUUCUGGAGCUCUGCCCGGACAUUAAGCACGGUCACAUCGAGGCAAUCCUCCAUGAGGUUAACCGUGGGCAAACUCCCCGUUCCAAGAAGCCUUCGACAAGGCCUCAGGUGAGGUCUCCGGAUAGUUUAUCAGAGCAGGAAUUAGACAUCGCAGACAUUGAAUCAUCUAAGACCAGGCCAGCCCCUAUUAGAAGGAAAGAGAAGCAGAGAAGACUUGAAGAUAUCAGUCCUAGGAAUGGGAGAUACUCAGAAAGCCCACCUGGAAACAGCUUUGUUGAUUUCUUGGUCAAUGUCUCUAAAGAAUCUGAAAUGUACAAGAAAGCUCAGCGGUUACAGAAUAAGCUUCAGCGUGAUGGGCAUAUGCAGGAUGAUGCUGACUUUCCAAGCACAUCAGAGAGGAGUUCCUCGCCCCCAGUACCUGCCGUGUCAACCAAGGAACGUGGUGGACCCAAGGAUGAUACCAACGUGAUGGGGGCGCUGUCCGCUAUGAGGGUUCAAUUGGCUUACGAACAGCAAAGGGUACAGAGCCAACUAGACAAGCAUAGAGAUUAUGACCCAUACAAUCCAUUGCCAAAGGCUGCUCAUGCACCCCGUAGAGGGAGCCCUCAGGUUGAUGUCUUUGAGUUGGCCAGACACAAGGGGAGCGUAGCCGUUAUGAGAAACAUGACGCAUCAAGCGGCGGAAGACUUUGAUGGGCUGAAAAAUCGAAGUGGCUCUAGAACGAGACAAAAAGUGAAGGAGAGUUAUCCUCACAAACCCGACUCUGAUGUCACCCUCGAGGCUCAACAGAGGGCACUGUUGAGAGCACAGCAAGAGAAAUUAGAAGCGAUGCGGAAAGUCUAUGGAAAAGGAAGAAAGGCAACUACUAAUGAUAUUCCAAGAAUCUCAGAUAUUGGGAGAGGAUCUCCUGCCAUUCCGCUUGACUCGGAUAGCGCUUUCAUCGGUAUAGACAGCGGAGAGGCUCAGAUGCCCAAGACGGCAUCUCGUCCAACACGCAGCAGUGCAGUGCCCUCGCCUGUCGAUAGGCAGCCCAGGAAGACUGGACGAUCAGUGUCUCGUCUCGACAACGAUGAUCUUGAUAAAAUCAUAGCCAAGAGCCAGGCCAGAAGUGAUGCCAUAGAGACACUACAUGAUCGUGACAGUGAUCCAGAUGAUAUCCUGAAUAAAUUCCUCUCCAAGAAAUCUUAUGACAGUCGUCCACCAUCUGGGAAGAGCGAAGAUCUGAGCUUGUGGUUAAAGCCUUCUCUUGGUCAGACGUGAUAGUGAGAUUGAAGAGGACCUCCAUUGCUUCAAGAGGGCGUCAGCAGUGGAGAACCUUCUUUGAUUGAUGCAUGUCCUUGUACAUCCUACAGACGUGCCAACUGUUCCUUUUUUUAGUAUUCCUCCUUACUGCUAUGAAUACACCAAUACUUUUUUGUAUGAUUUGUUACUUUUUUUUUAAUUUCCGAUCAUGGAGUAUGUAUUAUACACAGCACGUGACACCAGCGCUGGACUGACAGUCCCAGACUGGUAAAAAAAUCACUGUUGGGCCAGGAACUUGUUGCAGGAAAAUAACAAGUAAAUUCUUGCCUGCGAGCACAUGUUUAAAAGGGUGAAAUAUCAAGUUUUCAAGUAGGGUCAUUUCACAUGUUUUUCACCAAUCUCACUACAACAGGCUGUGAUUGUUACGUUGAGACAAAGUUUUAAAAUUACACUAUUUUGUCAAAAAUACUCUUUUUUUCCUUCUAAGAAUAUUUUUUGUUGGUGUAGAAGGUUGGAGGUUUGAUCCUAGGAUUGUGCUACAUAUGUAGGUGCAUACUCUUAACCUGGAUUAACCCAUAGCUUACUGGAAGCUAGUUACAAGGUUAUCUAACCCUGUUGAAAGGGAAAAAACCCCAGUUUCAAAAACUUUGUCUAGUCAUGAGGAACUAAUACCCUAAAAACUGUCUUUUCGCACAAAGAUCAGGACCUGGAUCCAAAAGCAGGAAUUCUUGAUGCAGUUGAACAUGCCAUCAAUUGGGAUGAAUUACGCUUGUUUAGUCUUCAACUUUGGCUUUCUGUCAGCCAAACAAAAAUCCAUUAUACAAAUUCUAGUGUGUGUGUUUUUUUACUGGAAAUGUCCUUCCUUGAUUCAUAGGGGAAUAUGUUGGCUAAAUAUUCAAUGUUGAAUAUUACCCCAAAAAAAUUAUUGUAUGAGAAGUAAAGAGGUACUUUGUAUUUUUAUAUUGUGACUCUUUCGUUCUAAAUGUAAAUCCAUGUGAAUGUGUAUCUUUAGAGAUCGAUAGCUUGAGAACAAUGCAUAUCGGAGAAAUUGAAAAUUAUAAGCGUCUUAUUCUUUGUCACUGUUUAAGGAUGAAAUUUUCUAACCUUUAAUCCAUUUUCCAGUAGACGACACAAUUUUUCAAGGUCAACUGUAUCAGCUUGGUGUGUGCUUGUGAAUAUUAUUUUCAUGGAAAUGCUUCUUCCAUACUUGCUUUGGAUUAAUUUUUGUGAGUCAUCACGAUCCAUCACACUAUGGGGUGAUGUGAUUACAUGUCAUAUCGGGCAGUUGCUCUCUUGUGACAUCACAAAAUCAUAACCUUUACAAAUUCAUUACUCGGUAACCCUGAGAUACUCUCUAAUCUGUUUCUUUUUAUUAUUACUCCAAUUAAAACCAACUUAAUGCCAGGGUGAAUUUCCAAUAUAUGGUCGUUUGACUUUGAUAUCACAUAUUGGUGCAUGUUUUGUAGAGAAAGUUUACGGUUUACCAUGUGUAAUAUGGAGAAGGGAGAGAAAAUACAGGCAGAAAGAUUGAAAUGGAAAGACGAGAUAGAAUGAACAGGGAAAAUUAGUAUUCUUUUCUUGAAAUUAAUUGUAGUCCUGAAAAGGACUGAUUGGUGCAUGUGUGUUUUGCUUUUCUUUUUUUGUUUAAAUUUUCACAUCUCUUUAUUUUUUAUCUAUUUUUUUAUAUUCGAGAGAAUCUCAAAUCCUUGCCCUGUCAUCUCUUGUGAAGAGACUCUAGGAUGAAUGAUAUUUUCAUUACUAUUCUAACAUGGUGCCACAAACCUCGCUGACAAAAUUGUGUACAAUCUCAAACAGGAUAUGGGGCACAAGAAUGAAAAUUGCAGAGGAAAGUCAUUACACAUAUUUUUAAUCAGCAUAUGAACAAUCUUCCCUGAAAAGAAAAUUGACAAAAAAUAAUUUUUCCAGAGUUGCUCAUCAUACUGUAAUCAUGAUAAUGCUGAGAGUUUUUUCACCAUUGGUUACUUUUGGAGACUUGAAGCAUAUUAUUACUAAAAGAUGAUAAAAAUGCACUUUUUAAAAGUGUGAUUAUAGGUAAAAGCAUAAAUAACUCUUUGUCUCUUUGUUUGUGAGCACUAUAAGUCAGUAAAACCGGGGGGGGGGGGGGGGGGGUGGAUUCUGGUAAACUGGUUUCGAUUCCCACAUGGUAAGCUUGGUAAGCUAGUACAUGUACCCUUUGCUAAGGCCAGUAUUUAUCCUUAAUACAAGGCCCCUCAGAGAGGAUGUUAAAGCUGUUGAUCCUCUAGUUGCUUGCUCACAAACAUUCAUGCUGUCUUUA